CCAGCCUGCGUGUGGUCACCAUGUGGUUCCUGGUUCUGUGCUUUGCCCUGUCCCUGGCAGGGACUGGUGCCGUGCCCCCCAUCCAGUCCCGGAUCAUAGGAGGCUGGGACUGUGAGCAGAAUUCCCAACCCUGGCAGGCAGCUCUGUACCAUUACAGCAAGUUCCAGUGCGGGGGCGUCCUGGUGCACCCGCAGUGGGUGCUCACAGCUGCCCACUGCAUAAAUGACAAUUACCAGCUCUGGCUGGGUCGCCACAACCUGUUCGAGCAUGAAGACACAGCCCAGUUUGUCCAGGUCAGUGAUAGCUUCCCACACCCUGAAUUCAACCUGAGUCUCCUGAAGAACCAUACCCAGCUCCCCGGAGAGGACUAUAGCCAUGACCUCAUGCUGCUGCGCCUGACAGAGCCCGCCCAGAUUACAGAUGCUGUGAGGGUCCUGGACCUGCCCACACAGGAACCCCAACUGGGGAGCACCUGCCAUGCCUCUGGCUGGGGCAGCAUUGAACCAGAUAAGUUCAUAUACCCAGACAAUCUCCAGUGUGUGGACCUCAAACUCCUGUCCAAUGAUGUAUGUGCCAAAGCCCACUCCCAGAAGGUGACAGAGUUCAUGCUGUGUGCUGGACAGCUGGAGGGCGGCAAGGACACCUGUGCGGGUGACUCGGGGGGUCCACUGAUCUGCGAUGGUGUGCUUCAAGGAAUCACAUCCUGGGGCAACAUGCCAUGUGGCAGCCCCAAUACGCCCGCGAUCUACACCAAAGUGAUCUCGCACCUGGAGUGGAUCAAGGAGACCAUGACAGCCAAUUCCUGGAUGCCCCCAACAUGUUCCCUACCCCAGUAAAAUCGAAUACGCAUC